UGUUGUUGCUCUGUGAUGCCGUCGCGGGAAGAUGAAACUGUGAAUGAUUCAAUUGAUAUGGAGGAAGAGGAGUACUCAGAUGAUGACAGUUGUAUGCGUAUAUACCCUAGUCAUGGUGCACACCAUUAUAAACCUCAAGAUCUCAUUGAUUUCUCUACCAGAGCAAUCACACAGUAUAACCAGAAGAAGGGUAGCUCGUACAUGUUUGUGGAACUGGUGGAGGGUAAGAUGUUAUUAGGUGAUACUGUAAUAACCGAAUAUAAAGCACAAGAAACUAAUGGUGUGAUUAAGACCUUCAGAGCAAGUGCAACAACCACCGUCAGAAGAGCAAGUGCAAAAACCACCUAUGCCCUGUCCGAUCCUAAUUUACGUAUCAGGAUUACUCGAGUCCCUGAUUCUGGAUUUCUAAUCGUUUCCUCCGACUCCGACUCUGACUCUGACUCUGACUCGGGAUCUGAGUAGGAGUUUUAAGCCUAUGGGCUCAAACCUUGGAUUGAAUGGCUGCGUUUUACAGUUCCUAGGCUUGAAGUCUGUUUCUAUGUCGGACUUAAUAUAUCUUGUAUGCUUUCAAUUGGGUGUAACUUCUUAUUUAUCUACUAGUGUAUGCUACUUUUAACUUUGACAUUAUCAAUUCUACUAGUCUGCUCCCUUUGUUUCUUGAUGAAAUUCUGAUAUUUAUCUACAUGCAUCUCUUCUGCAA